AUGUUAAACCAGAUUGAUUUCUUUUUUUUUGAUGAAAUAUCUUAUGAUGGUUUAUCAGCAACAGAUGAUGCAUUUGAACGAUAUUUUGAUCAAUUUUAUUCAAUAUUUCAAUAUGAAAGUCGCGAACAAAAAUAUUUUGCUAUUUCGGGUGUUAUUGCUUUAUAUCGUCAGAAUGAUGUUGAAUAUCUUAAAUUAGAUAUCGAUAUGCUUGAGUCCUAUGUAGAUGAUAAGCGUACUGCAAUUAUGAAACAAACACAAAAUCAUUCAAUAUUAUCAUCAUCAUUUCGUAUAGUACUCAAUUAUUGGCCCUUGUUAAACCAUUUAUAA